UGCAAUGGCCGCCAUCUUCGACUCUUGUGAAUGUUUUGGUCGUAGUUUCGGACUUUAAGGCCUUUUUAAUUUGUGCUAUGAAAAUAUUUGACGGAUAUCGCCUAAAUACGUCGUAGGGGUUGUUAUUUUAUUUGAGAAAAGGAAGCGAAAUAAUGUGAAUUUUGAAUAUAAUUUGGAACAAUGACCUCGACAAUAAAGUCGUAUACGAGCGUUAAAAAUAUUUUCCGGACAUAAUAUAACUCCGAUCCCGAACUUAUAUAUGAAGAUAUCAAAAGGCGCAGGGAUAAACCAUCAAUUUUCGAUUGCAGUCGAAUAAAUUUAAUUCGGAGACCAGGCGUUCUCCACGGCAUCAUCUCGGGUCCGACCCAAGAUGGUAUUCUCAGCAUGUCAACUUCAUCGGAAUAUGAACCUGUGGCCCGGCAAAGUUACGGGCCGACCACCUCCAGUGCAAACAUUUUUGAACACAUAUUGGAAUCAAAAGUAAUGAAUACUAUGGAUGCACCAAGUGUUCGUACUCCAGUUUUGAGGGCUGUACCCAUAUCUAGUAAUGAGGGCGACCCCGAACCUGAUUCCACAAACCAUGAAAGUAUUAUAAAAUCUGUUCAUAAAGUAGAGAAUAAAGAUAUUGAUUAUCACAUUAGCGAUAAAGGGUGUGAUGGUGAGAUGUCUGUAGAUUCCCUUCCUAGAAUCAUGAGGAUAGAGGAGGCCUCUCUUGAUACCGUGGGGCAUAUUGCCUACCCCAUAUUACAAGAAACCGAUGAUUCCAGUGAUGGAAAUUAUAUAGAAAAUACUGCAACACUUAUUCAAGCACCUCUGAGUAGUGCAAUUGUACAGAAUGUUGCUAAACUUCCUCAGAACUUUACAAUUAAUGUUGAUGCAGCUGUCGGAAAUAUAACAGCUAUUCAAAAUGUUUCCCAAGAUGUUACCGGUAACCAAACUUUGUGGUUGCCUACAAUUCUUGCAACAAGCGCACCUACGGAUAAUAAAAGUGAUGAUGAUAGACAACAAGGUGUAUCACAAAUAAUAAUCACAAGUGAAAGUUAUGUAAAUGACACUAACCUCGGUAGAAGGGCAAAUAUAAUAGAGGCAAAUUAUAAUUCUCGCCCAAAAACUUCUAAAGUGCAAAUUCUAAGUAACAUAACUUUACCCAAAAAUUCGAAUUAUUCACAACAAUAUAUAACACAAAACAAAGAUAUAACAACUCAAGUGUAUGGAACCCAGAAUCAUGUAUAUAAACUAAGUGCUAAUGUGGUGUCCCAAAAACAUAUUAACAACUCUGUCCUAUGUACUAAGACAGGUAAAAGUCAGUCCCUUAUUGGUGGUGCAACUUUAUCACCUACAGUUAUUAACAACAGCCCAGUAAAGAAUGUAUCAUAUGGGUUUGCUAAAGGCACAAAUAUAGGUAAAGUGAACAAUGGUGCUAAUCUUAAUACUAUGGUGGCUGCAUCGUCUGGAAACAUGCAGUGUCACAUUUUGUCACGAGUUGUAUCUGCGCCAAAUAAGGUGUCUGUACAUUCUGGAAAGAAAUCUGUAAAUACAUUUAAGGGUAAGAAUUCCCAAGUGCAAAAAAAUCAAUCAAGAGCAAUAAAGAUUAUACAGCAGGCUGGUACUGCGCAUAAAACAGAAAGCAAGACAUGGCCUGUGGCCAAUAUUACAUAUAAAGGCCAAUCUUCAAAUUAUAACAAUAUGGAAAGUAACACUUCUAAGGUAAUACAAAAGGUGGGCAGUCCUUCCAAUAAAAACCAACAACCUUUGGCCUUACAAAAGGUGCAAAAAGCAGAACGGUUGGUGCUACAAUCGCCCUGUGGGCCUGUUCUCUUAACCACAGCUCCAAUGAGCUCAAGUCUUCCAAAAGGACCUCAUUAUGUACAGUCAGGAGCUACACCUAAUCUUCGGUAUGUUCAAACAUAUGGACCUGACAAUCAGCUCUCUACGAUAUCACAAGUAUCAGCUAAUCAACAGUUAACAGCACAAAUUUUACAAUCACUAUCUCAACCAAAGCUCAUGCUUCAACAGAGCCCUACACCAGUCACUUCAAAAAGAAAUAAUAUAUCUACUCAUCCUAUUGAGGAGAUAGCUGAAGUUAAACCUAUUAAUCAUAAAAGGAUUGUUUUUGGAGAUAAGUCAACUUUACUAACUGCAGAUGAUAUCAUUGGCACAGAAGAGAGACCAAACUUGUCAGAGGAAUUACGACGAUACACACACCAGGCAUUGGCACUUAUAAUGCUGGAUCAUACAUAUGCCCUGCCAAUGCAAAAGCAAUCAGUAGUUUCGUCACCAUCUCCUGCUCCAGUUUCUACCCCACCUGCAAGUCUCUCUACAACAAUUACAACAACAUCUGCACCAACAACAAUAACUACUAUCACACAAAUAUCAUCGCCAUUAAGCCCUAUGAAAACUUCACCUAUAAUUCCAGCCACCACACCAUUUGAUCUUACUCUUUCAACAAUUAUCCCAACAUCGCUUCCAGCACCCCUUCCAGUAGUAGCGACAGUACCAGCUGUAAGUUGCAUUACAUACAAACCACAACCACCUCCUCCGCAAGAUGAUGAUGCAGCAUCUGUUAUAUCAUCAAUUGAAGGGGAGAGGAGACCUCCAGAGCAAGGUGGCAGUGAUACUGAGACAGCUCCGGAAGGGGAAGAAGAAGGCAAAACAAGAUGCAUUUGUGAUUUUACACAUGAUGAUGGAUACAUGAUAUGUUGUGACCGUUGUGGAGAAUGGCAGCAUGUAGAUUGUAUGGGCAUUGACAGAAAUAAUAUUCCUGAUGCUUAUAUGUGUGAACUCUGUCAACCUCGCGCCAUAGAUAGGCGUCAUGCUCGUGCCAUACAAUUAAGGAAAAGAGAAGAGUUGAGCGCACUUGGAGCUUCUGACUCCGAUUCGUCAGAAUGCACAAGAAUUCCCGGGCAAAGACGAAAGAGAUUAUUAACAGUUACGACAUAUACAAAUACAAGUGGAUCUUGUGUUACUACUUAUAAUAAUUCCACUGUUCCAGUACUUCCACCUCUACCGCAACCGUCAUUACCACCUUUACCACCGAAAAGAGGGCCAAAAAGGCCAAAGAAAGCAGAAAUGGUUAGAAAGGGAACAAAACGAAAGCUCACAGAAAAACGUGUCAAACGCAAGAAGGAAUUAAUGUUAAAUAGAAACAAGUACAAUACAAGUAGUAGUAUGUCUAAUAAUCAGUCGCACUGGCGAGAUCUUUACGAAGUUGCAAUGACGAAUCAUUAUAGCCCAGAAUUGCGAGCAAAAAUCAUGAAAUACAGUAGUAAACUUGGAAAUACAUCCAACAUGGCUUCAUCUAUCACAGCACAUUUAUGUACAACAGUGCCACACGCUGGCGGCAAAAUAUUGAUUGCUACGAAAGAUCUAAAAGAGAACACUCCAAUAAUUGAAUUGAGAGGAAAAUACAUGCUUUCAAAUCAACACCGCCCACAACUACAAAACUCGGCACGGGCAGGUAGCCAAAAGCCUGGACCUUUUGUGUUUUUCUACAGGUUACCUAAAGACAACACUCAGAUAUGUAUUGACACUAGGACAUAUGGUAAUGAGGCUAGAUUUGUUCGUAGGUCAUGUAAACCUAAUGCUGAACUGCAACAUUGCAUUGUAAAAGGAGCUCUACAUGUUUAUUUAGUAACUAUUGGCGUUAUUCAAUCCAAUACGGAAAUAACGGUUGGUCAUGAUUCAGAUGGUAGUAAACAACCUUGUGCUUGUGGCAAUCCCAAACAUUGCAAAAUUAAUGGUGUUACUUCAAUGGCACCUAGAAAACCGAUUGAUUACCCUCCAAGAGAAAAACGUAGUCGUAAUAGAUGUUACAGUUCGUCUUCACCGUUAUCCCCACCGUUGUCAUCUUUACUAACUACACCUACAAAAGAAAUUGCUCCACCAUUUAAAUCAGAAGCUCCAAUCAUAAAACCUGAGAAAAAAUCACCGAUAAAACACGAGUUGCCUCCUAUGUCACCAGUUAAAGAGCCUAUAAUGUCACCUGAGUAUUUUGAACCUAUAAAAUCAGACAUUCCUGAAAUUAAAGAAGAGCAUCAAGAAAUAGAUCUUACAGCUAAAGAAGAAAUGAAACCUGAUUUAGAUGAGCCUGAUUUUGUUAAAAUUGAGCCUAAGAUUGAGGAAAAACCAGAAGAAAUACCAAUGCCUGAAACAAAUUAUGAACCAGAGCCUCCAGCCUGUCCAACUGUGAUCCAAAUACCUUUGAUUGAAGAAAUUAAAGAAGAAAAACCAAAAAUAGAACUAUAUGAAGCUCCCGAAGAACCAAUCUUGCCUUCAUUGUUUUCAAAACUAGAAAAAGUUGAGGAACCAAAAGUGGAAAAAGAAGAAGAAAAGCCUAAAACUGAACCGAAAUCGGAAGAUGAGAGACCAGUGACUCGUGAAGUUACAGCUAAGUCUGCGUGUCAUGAUCGCUCUUCACGAUCAAGCAGAACCACAUGUGUUAAUCAAGACUCAUUAGAUGAUAAAACUGAUGAUUCUCAAGACAAAUUGCCAACACCUUCUGGCAAAGAAAAAGAUAAAAGGAAAAUGACUCGUGAAGAACGUAAAAUGGAGGCUAUAAUGAAAGCAUUUGAAAGGAUGGAAAGAGCUGAACAAAGGAAACAAGAGGUUAAAGAGAGACAAAAGCGCAGAGAAUCAGAUCCGCAUCCUCAUAAUUACAACGAAAAAGAUGACGAUGAUGAUGUACACAAUAGCUUCAAAAAGCGGAAAAGACGUAAAGGUCGUGCACGCACUGCUUCGCAAUCCAAUCGACGUCGUCUCAAUUCUGCUGAUAGUGAUCUUGUGACUUCAGGAGAUGAGGCACAGCCUUUCUCCCCACCUCCAGAACAUUCUAGAAAUGAUGUUCAUACAUCUAUUGAUGAAGAUAAGUCACAUGAACCUGUUUCUGAGAACCUGGGAUUGAGUUCAGCGUGUCUCCUUGUGGAAGCGGCUGUUGGUUCCGUCGAAUCAGCGUUCAAACAACCGAAAACUAAGAAGACUAUGGCUAACGAAUGGAUCGGUCGGUCGCCGGAUCGCACUCCUUCACCGUACAACUCUCCAUACCGCCCGCCCUUAGUUUCGGCUACGUCUUUAGAGAGUUUAGUGAGAGUUGCGUCCACCAUGAUUGGCGAUCUCAGUGGAGGUCAAGACUAUCAUGAAGAAGAACCGCACUCGCCGCCGAGAACUCCAGGGCGAGAUAGAAAUAAACCUCCAAAGAAAGCUAAACGGAUCACACGAAGUACGCCGCCUACUGAACCCCCGGAAGUCGCGCAACCAAUGCAGCAUAGUGCUAAGAAGCGAUGGUUAAGACAGGCCAUCAGUGAAGAGAGCGACACACCAUGUAUAGACACCUUUGUUUCAGAAUCUCCACCCAAUGAAAUGGUUACUCCUUUGAAGAAGCGAAGAUUGGCCAGAGAAUCUUUGUCCUACGACCAAAAUCCUAUAGAUCACAGUCACGAUGAGACUUCGCCGGUGUUAACGUCUGAAGAUUCACCGGUAAAAGAAGACUCGUUAGCAUUGGCGCGGCAGUAUAAACGAAAUAUAAUGGAUAUGUACGCAAGAGAUAGAACGCGGUCUGACAGUGGCCAAGGUUCUGAUGAUCAGUGUAACAUUGACCAUGAUGUUCUAAACGUAAAUUUAAAAGGGCCACAUAAUUCUGAACAUAUCAGAAGGAUAAUUGGCGUCCCUGACGAAGAAACGCCAGAGAUACCUAAACAAGUCGACAUACCAGCAAAUAACAAUAACAAUUUGGAAAUUGAAGAGACUAACAAUAAAGUUGUGCCAAUGGAAAUAGAUACGACUGUGAUAACGCAAUCAAAACUAGAAUCUAAUGAGAUCAACACCGAAGUAAAAGGCAUCGAAAGUCCAAACGAAAAAAUUAACAGCUCACAAUCCGCCGAUACGAGUGGCAAUUCGUCUCCACAACGUGAUGAAAUGGAUGACAUUCAAAAGAAAAUACAUUCAUUUCAUACAGAAAACAUAAUGAUUUUAAAGAGUAGGAAUAAGAAACCGCCAAAAGAAAAACGGAAGAAAGUCAAUCUAAACUUCGAUCUCAACAUGGUUGACGAUCAGAUCAGUAUUCAGUUGCGGACAGAAGACGAUACUAGUAAUAGGUCGGAAAGCAAUGGGGAUAUUCACGACGAUGCAAACUCGCAUGAGGAUGUGAAGAUGGACGUAUCGCCAGAAAAUAUACCGUUGCCUCCCGUCGAGUCGAUACCGUUACCGGCUCCAGAGACUAUCCCCUUACCAGAAGAAACCGAUCCGAUGCCAAUAAUUCCGUCUCCAGAAACUAUACCUCUUCCCGAGGAGCCGAUGAAACCGAAUCCAGCACAAACGUGUCCGGAAUCACCUCCGGAACUCGAGGAGAAAGAGAUCAUCGAACGUCCCACCGUCUUAGAAUCGACGGUGCCGUUCUCGACGAGGUUCAGCUCGACUGGCCUGUUCUCGGGCAUAUUCAGCAACAUGACGCAUUCGUUCAAAGUGGACUCGUCGAUAAACGAGAACAUACCGAACAUGUCGCUAAUAAAAAGUGCAAUAGAUAGGACUACAAGUUUAGACAGUAGUAUAUUCGAUAAGGACAGUAUUACGCCAGUGGACGAAUUGAAAAGUGUGCAAGAGAUUUUGACGCGAGUGAACAAUAUGGACUCGAAUAACAGUGUGUUGCUGUCGGGCGUGCUGAAGAGCUCGAACAAGUCGAGCCUGUCGUCGCCGGCGCCGGCCGCGCGCGGCAAGCCCUACUGCCCGCGCAACGACCCGCGCCUCAACCCGCCGCCCGCCGACAAGCCCAAACCCGUCCGCAGGAAGCUCUCUAUAACGGAGUACCGCAAGCGGCACAAGGGCCCCGCCGCGGCGGACGACGCGGGGCCCCCCGAGGGGGAGCUGUGCGCGGGGCCUGACUGGUCCUCGGGCUCCACCACCUCGUCGGGCUCCGCCUCGCUGUCCCCGCAGCGGCUCGACGCGGCGGCCGCGGCCGCGGUCGACGAGCUGGAGCAGCGCCUGCACAAGGACCUCUCGUCGCAUAUGCCUAAAGGCGUGUUCGACGCGCAGCCGACGGCGUCGGAGCGGCAGCGGGAGAACCUCAGCUCGCGGCUGCGGCGAGAGUUCGGCCUCGCGCUGCCCGACGACGAGGAGGCGCGGCCGCCCACCGACACCGCUGAUGUGGUGGAGGGCGCGAAGCGAUGCGAGAGGUAGAGGCGACUCUACGCACAUGCGAUAAGAAAAUAUUUUUGUAAAUCUCACGUUUCGCUUGUAAUAUAUUAUAAAUGUAACUUUUUUUAUCGAGUUGUGUGUGAGGCGUUGUAUAUUUCAGUUUUCAACUUUUUUUUUUAUUUUAACUUCACGGUUUUUCUGCAAGUACAAAUUGUUUUUAUUUUCCCCUCUGUACAUAUUGUAUAUAGAUUAAUGUAAGUCGUAGGGAAGCUAUGCGGUACGUAUGUAUAACGGUAUGUGAAAAGAUUUUUUAUAUAUGUACAAUGUUUAUGUAUCUUAUUGAUAUGUUUAUUAAUAUAUUUAUUUGAUGGCGCGUCCUAGGGAACGUCGGCUAAGGUUUUGUACGCAUAAUGUAUAAGUAAAUUAUAGUUGUUUUUAUUGUUUUACUUUUUUUUAGAGUAUACACCGGGGUCUCGGGACUCCCCUAGGCUAUCUAGGCGUAGUGUUAGGGGUGUAAUUAGGAAUCGAUAUGAAUUCGCAUUAGCCAUUGUUAGAGGUUACAUUUUAUGUGUCAUAAUUUUAGGUGCGCGCGUGUCUGCAAUAAACGAUCACACCAUCACAACGUUUUGCCGUGUUUCAUGUUCAGUUCUCCCAGUUAUAUUUUCCCCGCUCUUUUCUUUAUUAGAACACGUUCAAUGAUCGCGAAUUAUUCGUUAUGUGUCUGCGUCACGUGCGUCGGAACGUGUCGGCCAUGUUGCACAACUUCCACACGUGUUAUCGCACAUUAAUUAAUAUCAUAAUAUCGUAAACAGGAUAUGUUUUGUAUCAUUUUUUCAUACAGUUUAGUGUAAAUUUUAUAAAUUGUCGAAAAAUCCUCAUUCCCCGUACGUUUCGUUGUAAUUCCGUAGCAUGUUUUAUGAUGUUUGUUUUAAUUGUAACAUAAUCAUCGAUUACAAGAGCAAUUUUUUAUAUUCAUCGGUAUGGUUGCUGUCUAAUGAAUGAUAUCUUUAAAAUCGAUUUAAUAAACGUAGUGUAUUGCAAUAGUUAAAAAUAUUAGUGAUAGUAAUAAUGCGCAGUUUUAGAUAUAAUUAGUAUAAAAAUGAUUUUUCACACACUUGUUUUCAUUGAUUGUACCUAUAGAUGAUAAUUAGCGAGUCCGUUACAGUUUUUACUCUUUUUAUUCGAUAUAAUUUCACGUUUAGACAGUGACUAUACCUAACAUGACAACGAAUGUAUGUUGUGAGUAGGACUCGGGCUAACGUCACCUUCCCAGUGAAAAUGUGCGAAAUGCAAAAUAUUCUAUUGGUUGUGACGAAUACAGUUGUUUUGUUCGGGCCUAACUGAGCGUCCAGUUACUAUCUCGUGUUUCUGUCACAAUUUCUCAUCUAGUCUCCAGUCGGGUAACUUUACAAUAUGUCUUUCCACGUAAAUCCACAUUUCAGUUUCACAGCUCUAUUUGAAUAGAAAUUAGAUGUAAUUACUAAAUACCAGUCUGUUUUUUUGUAUGCAAUAUCUAAGCGGUAUCCAGUUGACUCAGUUUAAAUUAUGUCGUUGCAGUAUCUUAAUAUCUAUCGGUUAUAUCUGUCCAUUGCAUUUGACAAUGCGUGGUUAAUCAAGCCCAGUGCGUUGAAAUUGCUCAAAAAUUGUACAAUUUGAUUUCAGUAAAUGAUUUUUCCAAAUCACACGGUCAGCCUUAAUGCUUGUCGCCUAAAUUGAACCUUCUUACCGCCUAUAAUUUUAUUUUUAAGUGGGCACAGCCAUACACGAUUCUUGUGUUCAUUUCGUUACUUAAUAUUAUUUGUGAUACAAUCAGUCGGGAGUCACAUAGUGAUCGAACUAUCCAUUGGAGAAUUUAUUUUAUUCUUUGCACUUAUUAUGUGGUCACUCAUUCUCGUGCCGAACCGGUUUCUGCACAAACUCAGUGUAAAUAAGUACGAUGUUGUCACAUUCAUUUUUUUUAAUAUGGUUAUUUGUAAUUUUAUAAAUACUUUGGCAUUUAUAAUAAUCACUCCGAGGAAACGUUUGCAAGUGUGGCAAUAUUGACGACUACCUACUCGGUAAACGUCAUUUCACUAAGCAUAAUCGAACUUAGAUUUAGUCAACGUGUUGCAAUAAUCGCCUAAAGGCUUACGUGUAGUGAAAAAAAGUAGACGGAAAAUGAUUUAGCUAUUUUACUAUGUAAUUCAUUAUUUAUAUAUUUUUUGUACAGAAAGCUAUUUUAGCGGAAUUUGGUGUAAUAUGAAGUGUUAACGUUUUUGGAGAUCGACAUUGAUAAGAGAAAAAUAAAAUUGUAUAUAUUUUAACUGGUUGUCGAAUAGAUUGUAAAUUUGUCGCUUAUUCCCUUCAAGUUAAAGUGCAUUUUGUUAAGACUCCUUUUGUCCGUGUUGCCAUAUUUUAUUUGGUAUUUUAAUUACUUUAGCAUUAUUUACUGGUAUGUCUUUAGUAUACAUUUAUUUUCGUGUUCUAUUGAUUGUAUUAAUUGCAAAGUUUUUUAAAACGAUCGUUUUACAAAAAUGUAUAUUUAUUUUAACAUGAUUUGAUGAACACCUCUUUUAAAAUAACAUAGAAUACUAAAGUUUAAGAAUAUGUGUGUUAUUGGUUGCUUUAAUUUUGAACUUUAUAUGCACUUUAACGUCUCGUAGACAAUUAGAUGAAAUCUUUGUGAUAAUUUUUUUAAAAUAUCAUUCAGUAGAAAACUGUCUGUAAAUGUAAAUAUUAAAAAUAAUUAAUGUUUAAGCAAAAAGCUACAUAUAUUUUGUUAACAAUUAAUAAAAUCACUUGAUAAUGUUUGCAUAUUAUUGUCAAUUUUGAGGUUAGUUUUCCUCCCACUUACCGAGUUGUCUUCUGUCGAUUAUUUUUAAGACAUUAUAACAAUGAAAUAUUUUGCAAUUAUAUAAUUUUUAAACUCUUAAGUGGAUCAUAAAAUAGAGCUGUAUAUUAUCCAGAUGUUAAAUAUUGAUUAUUUCUUUCUUAAUGUUUGAAGUAAGCAUGUAAAAUUUAAAAUAAUAAUAUAGAAUAAAAGAUGUUAUGAUAAUUAAUUACAUAAAA